CUAGAAAGGAAAGGGAAGCGUUUUAUGUUUUUGAAAUAAAUUUUAAAACUAAUAAAAGAGGCAAAGUGCAGUAAAUUGAGUAAUUAAAUUUUGACUAUAUUAAAAAGAGCUACAGAAUAAGAUGGCAUCUACUGAAGAAAUUGAACAAUUUAGAGAAAAUGGUUACCUGAUUUUGCACAAUUUUCUUACUGAACAAGAAAUUGAGGCUAUGAAAGAGGAAUGUAAGAACCUUGUGGAAAAAAUUAACCCAUCUGAACACCACAGCACAUUCAGUACGGAAGCUGACCAACAUUCAAAAAGGGAUGAAUAUUUCCUUACUUCGGGUGACAAAGUAAGAUACUUUUUUGAAGACGAUGCUUUGAACAGUAAAGGUGAAUUAGUGGUACCAAAGAACACAAGUCUUAACAAAAUUGGACAUGCUCUUCAUUGGUUGUGUCCAGCAUUCAAGAAAGUUACUUUUAGUCAGAAAGUCAAGGAUCUGAUUUCUAGUCUAGGAUAUGAAGAUCCAAUUGUUGUACAAAGCAUGUACAUCUUUAAGCAUCCUCAAAUAGGUGGUGUUGUGACACCUCAUCAAGAUUCAACAUUUCUACACACCAGUCCUCCAACAGCUGUUGGUUUGUGGUUCCCUCUAGAGGACGUGACGUUAGAUAAUGGCUGUCUCUGGUUUAUUCCGGGAUCUCACAAAGGACCUUUGUACUGCCGUUUUAAACGAAACUCUGAAAAGGAAGGCCCAUUGCUUAUCAUGGAAGGAAAAAUAGAAUUUGAAGAGACUCAGUUCAUACCUUGUCCUGUUACAAAAGGGUCUUGUGUAGUGAUUCAUGGCUCAGUGAUUCACAAAAGUGAAAGGAAUUUGACUUCUAAUUCUCGUCCCACAUACACCUUUCAUGUGGUGGAACAGAAGGAUACUGUAUACAGCUCAGAAAAUUGGCUUCAGCCAACUCCAGAACUUCCUUUUCCAUCCUUGAACACCUCAGCUUAAUCUAAAACUAACCAUGUGUCACUGCUUCAAGUUAUAAAUGUAUAAGCAACAUACUUUAUGUAUCUCAUAUAUGGUUAUAUUGUUUCAGGUAUAACAUUUUUAUGAUGAUAAUGGUUGUUAAAGCCAGUGUGUAAGUUGUGGGGUAUUGUCUAGAAAUGUCCUAGUUUUUCAAAUAUAUAUACAUUUAAACAAGAAAAAUCUACAAGUAAAAUAUCAUGUUAAUU